CUCAGUUGAAAUAAAAUGGCGAAACUCGGUGCUAUAUCAAUCGGGAUUAUACCAAUUCUUUUAAUUGUUUAUAAUUUUCAUAUAAGCGAAACAACAGCAAUUGAUGAGACGGCGGCAAACAUAAAUACGCACUAUCAGAGUGUGCAAGAAAACGUCACAAAUAUUAAGGCUCCAGAACAACAUCAAAGCAAUUCUGCCGAGACUAAGGUAUCGGAAACGCCAAUUGUUGUUGAUUAUCAUAAUAAUAACAAUCAGCCAUUGUUGGGCGCAAAUGGGACGGGACAACGCAAAGAUGUUGACCAUAAAAUUAAUCCGGCGGCUAUUGGAACUGUUCUAUCAGAUCCGAUUAAAAAUGUUAAUAUCACAAACGAGCCCGCCGAUGCUAAAAAAAUAAAUCAACCCAUUCAAAAAGGGGUGACGAACAAUACCACGCCUGCUACGUUAGUCACACCGACAAAUUUUGAGCUAAACGCAGCCGAAGAAGAUAAAAUAAUUGAUACCAUCGAUGUUCCUGAAAAUGAUACCAUAGAUAUCCUUAACCAACAUAACUUAACAGUUAACAUGACAACGGAUCAUCAUAAUUAUUACAACAGCACGGUCUAUGUAGAUCCAAUGGAGGCGAAUAAAACAUGGAAUCAAAUAAAAAAUAUCACACCCAGUUUAAUGCUCUCGCAAUCGCAUCGUCGUGCUAUGACCGUCCAAUUGAGUUUUGAUUUCCCUUUCUAUGGUUAUGCGGUACGUAAUGUUACUGUGGCCACCGGUGGUUUUAUAUAUACCGGCGAUUAUGUGCACUCGUGGCUGGCGGCCACGCAAUAUAUUGCUCCAUUGAUGGCCAAUUUUGACACUAGUCUAUCAAACGAGUCAUAUGUGCGCUUAAAUGACACAGGUAACUCGUUUACCGUCAUUUGGGAGAACGUUUACCUACAAGAUAAGCAAAAUGUGGGCAAAUUCACUUUUAGUGUAGUUUUACAUAAAAACGGUGACAUUGUAUUCACUUACUUCUCUGUGCCCAUCUCGGUCGUUUCAAUUCAAGAUGAUAAACAUCCAGUAAAAGUCGGUCUUUCCGACGCCUAUAUAAUCGAUAAAGUUGUUUAUUUCGCCCGACGAAAAACCAUUUACGAAUAUCAUCGAGUAAGUUUCGCCGAUUCCAAAAUUGUCAAUUCUACUAUCAUUCAUUUAAAAGCUCUACCGACUUGUUUACAAUUUACUAAUUGUGACUCGUGCCUCAACCAUGAUACUACCUUUGAUUGUAUUUGGUGUCCAGUGCUCAAUCGUUGCUCAACUGGUACAGAUCGUAAAAAGCAAGAGUGGCAAAUUAGAGGUUGUGAUCGUUCACAAGUAGCUGAUUUUAAAAGUUGCCCUAGUUCGGCUCAUAGUGAAGACAAUUAUCCACCGGGUUCCCCUGGUGGUCCGUCCCCAUCAUCAUCAUCAUCAUCAUCAUCAUCAUCAUCAUCAUCAUCAUUUAAUAACGGAGACAUUCAUCAUAAAGAAGGUCAAAUACAUCCUUUCAAACCGUAUCAACCGAAUCGCAUCGAAUCUUCGUCAAUGAUGACACCUUCGGAGUUGGAUCUGAGUCCUGUUAGCAAAGAAAUUAAAUCAGUUUUAGAAGAACCAGCUGAAUCGAAAAACAUCAGUUUCACUUUAGCUUUCUUUGUACCCAUUUGCCUUGUGGCAUUUGUAUUGUUAUGGGUUCUUUAUGCCUAUAGAAAUCCUCAUACAAAAAGUGGACAACUUCUCAUACAGUCCAAAUAUGGUCAGUAUCGCCCCAGUCAAUGGUCUUGGAGACGCGGCGAGGCUCGUUACACAGCGGCAACGAUACAUAUGUAAAUAAUGCAUGAGGAGGAGAUCAAAGCAAUAAAAAGUUUCCUUUCAUGUACUUCUAUAAAAUUUAU